AUGGCUGACUCUGGGCAGUCAUCCAUCACCGUAGCCGUCCGAGUACGGCCAUUCACGAUCCGCGAGGCAGCGCAGCUUCAAAGGACCGACGAUAGCACCGUCUUCUUGGGUGAUGGCUCCCUUGCCGGCCUGCCCACCCCGAAGCUUCACCAGCGAGGCCUCCGAAGCGUCAUCAAGGUCGUCGACGACCGAUGCCUAGUCUUUGACCCCCCCGAGGACAACCCGGUUCAGCGCUUCUCGCGGUCCGUUAUCCCGACGUCGAAAAAGGUCAAGGACCAAGUCUUUGCCUUUGACCGCGUCUUCGACGAAAACACGACUCAGUCAGACGUCUACGAGGGCACCACCAGGAACCUGCUCGACAGCGUGCUCGACGGCUACAAUGCCACGGUAUUCGCGUACGGCGCAACGGGCUGCGGAAAGACGCACACAAUCACGGGCACCCCCAAGCAGCCCGGCAUCAUCUUCCUCACCAUGCAGGAGCUGUUUGAGAAGAUUGGCGAGCGCAGCCAGGACAAGGCGACGGAGCUGAGCCUGAGCUACCUCGAGAUCUACAACGAGACGAUCCGCGACCUGCUCGUGCCCGGCGGCAGCAAGCAGGGCCUGACGCUCCGGGAGGACAGCAACCAGGCGGUGACGGUGUCCGGGCUCACGAGCCACCACCCCAAGGACGUGCAGGAGGUCAUGGACAUGAUUGUGCAGGGCAACGAGUACCGCACCGUGUCGCCCACCGAGGCCAAUGCCACGUCGUCGCGGUCGCACGCCGUGCUGCAGAUCAACGUGGCGCAAAAGGACCGCAACGGCGACGUCAGCGAGCCGCACACCAUGGCCACGCUCAGCAUCAUCGACCUGGCCGGCUCGGAGCGCGCCUCGGUCACCAAGAACCGCGGCGAGCGCCUCACCGAGGGCGCCAACAUCAACAAGUCGCUCCUCGCCCUCGGCAGCUGCAUCAACGCCCUGUGCGAUCGCCGCCAGCGCGCCCACGUGCCCUACCGCAACAGCAAGCUGACGCGUCUGCUCAAGUUCUCCCUCGGCGGCAACUGCAAGACGGUCAUGAUCGUCUGCGUCUCCCCCUCGAGCGCCCACUUUGACGAGACGCAGAACACGCUGCGAUACGCGAACCGGGCCAAGAACAUCCAGACAAAGGUGACGCGCAACGUCUUCAACGUCAACCGUCACGUCAAGGACUUUCUGGUCAAGAUUGACGAGCAAAUGGCGCUCAUCAACGAGCUCAAGUCCCAGCAGCGCGACGCCGAGAAGAUCUUCUUCGCAAAGUUUCGCAAGCAGUGCGAGAAGCGCGACGCGGUGGCCCGCGAGGGCAUCCAGCGACUGCGCGCCGCCUACGACAACUCGGCGGCGGAGCGCCAGGAGCGCAUUGCAAACAUGAAGAAGCUCAAGGCCUUUGAGAGGCGCAUCGGCCUCUUGUCGGGCUGGAUCGCCGCCUUCGACACCGUCUGCGACCAGCGGGGUGACGACGACUCGAUGCCGCAGAACCUGACAGCGGUGCGCAAGACGGCCCAGGGCAUCCUUGUCGAGCUGGAGCACAGCAGGCAGCACCUCCACCAGAGGCUGGAGAAGGCGGCCUGGGAGCGCGCCAUCGACACGGCGCUGACGCACAGCCUCAAGCAGCUCGGAAGCACCGACGGCACCGACAAUGGAGAGGACGCCAGCCUGGCCCGCGAGGCGGGACUGCUCAAAGCCAACUUCAACCGCGAGGUUUACCACGAGGUGCUCGAACAGGAACAGGGCGGCGACGCGGCCAUGAUGCAGAUGCUGCUGACGGCGCAGCUGGACAUGGUGGCUUCGCUCGCCGACACGCUUGCCAUGGACGAGGGCAGCGCCGUGGCACACGCCAGGCAAAUCAUAAACCGGCUGCUGCAGACGGGCUACGCGGCCGCGUCGCAGGUGGUCAAGCCCGACGGCGGCGCGAUGCCGGCGGUCGAGGCCUUUCCGCCUACGCGCAGGGGCACGCCCAAGCGCAAAAAGGCGGCAGCGUUGUACGUGAAGCCGGUGGGCCCGCCGGCCAUGGCGGCGGUGCACAACGAGAACGUCUUUGCCAGCCCCAUGAAGUCGUCGCCAAGAAGGCGUAAGGCCCUAGGCGCGGCGAAGAAGGGGGUCAGCUUCACGCCCGUUAAGAAGACAAAGGGCCGGGGCGUGCGGUGGCGCGACGACGAGUCCGAGGAGGGCACCCUGGCCGACUUUGCCAAGACGCCGCAAAAGUUUGCCGAGUCUUCCCCGGAGAGGAGCUCGCCCGAGAAGGCUGUCGCGGAAGCCGCCGCCGAGUCCCAUGUGGCGGAGCCGGCGGCGGACCAGACGGGCUCGGCGGGCCCGGACGCGACGGCGGCAUCCAAGCCCGCGCGGUUCCAGGCCGGAUUCCUGUCCAAGAGCUCGCGUGCGUCUAGCAGCCAGCAAGGAGGAUCGCCGCUGCCGACGCCCCCGACGUUCAGCCUGAGCCUGACGUCGAGCCCGCUGUCCGGGACGGAAAGGUCGCAGCCGCUGGGCGCCCUGGAUGCCGCCAAGGCCGGCAACAUGUCACCCCCAGUGCCGCUAUCAGUCCCGCGGACGAGACUCAGCCCCCGACUGCCGCGACCAACCGUGACUUUGGGUGCGGACGAGAACGCGCCACUUCAGCAGCACCAAGGGUCAGCGUCCGAGACGGGAUCCGACUCGGAGUGUGGCUCCAUCGACCCGCGCAAGCUGCGCAGCGCCAUGCACUUGGCCAAGAAGGACAGGGGCCGCCGGGUCAGCGUCUUGACGGCGGCAGCGGCGUCCAAUGCCAGGCGCGCGUCGUCGAUUAGCUCGGGCCUGUUCACGGGAGGAGGUGGUACCGGUGGCAGCGACCGGGCCAGCGGACGGGGGUCGGGGACGGCCCUGGCAAGCAGCGCCAACGGGAUAUCGCGCCACCGACGGGGAAGCGUGGAACGCAGACGCAGCCCGCCGCUGACGUGCUCGCCGACGGAGCUCAAGGCGGACCGCAGCUUCACGGCGGGCCAGGCGCGGCGGAUGAAUGUUGGGGGCAGCGGGACGGCGGGGGGGAGUCCGCGAGGGGCUGUCGGCGAGGCGGCGCGUCGUGUCACUAUUAGUGUCGGGGCGGCGGCGGCGCAUCGACGGCAGGAGAGCCGGGGUGGAGGAGGGUCGGCGUGGCGAUGA